AAGAAUUCUUAAUCACAUUUGUUCAGCCGAUAUUAACGUUGGGAAGCUAAUUCUGAAAUAAACAAUUUAAAAUGUCUGGAAAUAAGAAAAUUGAUUUAUCUGGAGACGGUGGUGUAUUGAAAGAAAUUAUAAAUGAAGGUCAUGGUGAAGAAUACCCAUUAAAUGGUUGCAAAGUUUCUUUGCACUAUACGGGGAAAUUGGUCGAGGGAACUGUAUUUGACUCUAGUGUAGGACGCGAACCUUUUGAGUUCGAUUUGGGAAAAGGCCAUGUUAUCAAGGCAUUUGAUAUGGGUGUGGCGACAAUGAAAUUGAAUGAAAAAUGUUUACUAACAUGUGCUCCUGACUACGCUUAUGGUGCGGCUGGAAGUCCUCCGAGCAUUCCUCCGAACUCAACAUUGAUAUUCGAGUUGGAAAUGCUUGGUUGGAAAGGAGAAGAUGUUAGCCCAAAUAAGGACGGUAGCAUAGAGAGGUUUAUUGUGGAGAGCAGUGAUAAGAAACGUUCCCCGGCCGAAGGUUCUCUUGUUAAAGUUCAUUUGAUUGGAAAAUAUAAUGGAAAUACUUUUGAGGAGCGUGAUGUAGAAUUUGAUUAUGGUGAAGGUUGUGAUUGCUCAAUUAUUGAAGGAGUUGAGAUAGCACUGGAAAGAAUGACUGUUGGCGAAACUUCAAGAAUAAAAAUUCAACCAAAAUAUGCCUUUGGAAGUAAAGGAAAUGAUGUUUUUAACAUUCCACCAAACUCUACUGUCGAAUAUAUAGUCAAACUUAUUGAUUGUGAAAAGGGAAUAGAAGAAUGGAAAUUGUCAGAUGAGGAAAGAUUGCAACAGGCUGAAUUGUAUAAAUCUAAAGGAACAAAAUAUUUCUCUAAACAAAACUUUUCGUUGGCUAUAAAAAUGUAUAAGAGCUGCGUAGAUAUUAUUUCAAAAAUUGACAAUGAUGAAUCGAAAAAGUUGAAGAUAGCCUCAAACAGCAAUAUUGCUUUAUGUUACCAGAAAACAAAUGAUUAUUUCGAAGGAAAACAAGCGUGUAUUGAAGCUCUAAAGUUAGAUCCCCUAAAUAUAAAAGCACUUUACCGUCGGGGACAAUGUAAUCUAGCUAUUAAUGAAUUUAAGGAGGCUCUUGAAGAUUUUGAAAAGGUAAUCGAGUUGGAGCCUACAAACAAAGCUGCCAUAAAUCAAAUUCAAAUUUGUAAGCAGCGAAUCAAGGAGGCUAACGAUAAAGAAAGGAAAAUUUAUGCAAAUAUGUUCAAAAAAUUGUCUGCAGCUGACAAACAGCCAACACCGAGUACUGAACCUGAUGUUUUAACGAAAUGCGGUGAAUGGACAGAUGAAGACGCAAAGCGCGAAGUCGAUUUGGCCUUCGAACGCGAUAAUAAUAUUGUUAUGAUUUAAAUUAAUUGCAAAUUGAAAUUUAAAACAUUUGGUGUAGUUAAUAAAAUUAAAUAAAUAAUAAUAAUACAACAGAA